AUGGCUGGUGGUCUUACAUUCCCAGUUCAUACACCAACUUACUUAUGGCCUUAUCUACCUAGCUCUUUCGCCGGAUGUUUCCUAUUCUCGGUCAACCGCCCUAGUAAUCCGUUCUACGUCACUCACCACCAAGUCCCUCCCGGCCCGUCCAAGCCCGGAAGUCCGUCAGCAAGUCCGCUGGGGAAGUCCGCUGGGGAAGCCCGCUGGGGAAGUCCGUUGGGGAAGUCCUCUGCCUUCGGACAGCGGCUCUGCUGCACAACCUCCAUCGUUAGCCCUCUCUGCUCCCAAAGAAGGACUGCGCGCAGCUCUAUGGACUCCGGGAAAAGGGAACCGGACGAGUCAGUUUGGGGAAAGGGGAAGGCAAAUGCUGUCAUUAACGGAUAA